AGACUUGGGCAGACAGGAGGGGCUGUUAUGUGUUUUUGCGCUCUCGCGAGAGCGCUCCCGCUCGCUUGUCUGGGGCUGGGCGGAGGGGCAGAGAUAGUGGACGGGUGGGUGGGGUACUCCCUCGCAGUCAUUCUGAGGGAGCUCUGCGCCGUCCUUGGGCCAGCGAGUCCCUUUCCUUGUGGCGUCGGAGUGCUGCAGCUUCCACCCGGCCUGUGCCCAGUCCCCCUCCUCCCCUCGGCGCCUCUGCGGGGCGGUGUGGGGCCGCGGGAGUCACCCCAUACGUAGCCCAAGUAUAACUUAAGUUGUCAGUGACCUGGCAUUCUGGUGCGGCUUUUGGUCCAAGCCUCUGCAGGUUACUGGAGCCUUGAAGCUGAAAGGUUUAACUCAAAAACUCGGAUUGGGUGGAGAUCAUCGAGCCCCGCUCCCAGGAGCGGAUGUAUGUUAACCUGACCACGGGUGAGUGUGGCUGGGAGCCUCCUCCCAACCUGAAGGUGCGCCAGUCGGACCAAAAGCAGUGGUGGGAGCUCUUCGACCAAAACAACAACCGCUUCUACUACUACAAUGCUAUCACACAGCAGACCGUGUGGCACCGGCCCCAGGGCUGUGACAUCGUGCCCUUGGCACAGCUCCAGGCCAUGAAGCGCAGCUCCCAGCCUGACUGCGGGGCCCAGCAGCACCGGGGCAGCACAGGCAGUGAUGGCAGAAGCACCCCAAUCCAAAUGGUCCUGUUGCAGGAGAUGGAAAAGGGCAAGAGGGACUGUUCUGCAGAGAAGAGGAAAGAGCCUGGCAGGGAGACUCCUACCCACUGGCAGCCUCUGCCAGGCACGAAAGCAGCCAUGUUGGUCAAAGUGAACAGUUUGAGGAAGAUGCAGAGCUCUUCAAACAGUUUGCUUCAGCUGCAGAGUGCUCCAGAGCCCAACAGCCAAAAUUCUCUUCCAAAACCAGCCAUAUAUGCUCAGCCUCAGUCCAUGUCCCAGAGCCCUGGUGCCACAAAGCAAACGCCUACAGGAGAAACACAGCAGUCUAUGCAGGUCAAAAAGACAGAGAAUGGUGGGUUUUGCCUGGUGCUGAUGAAUGGUCCGACUUCUCGAACACCUCCAAGGAGCCAGACAGGAACACCCCAGCCUACAUCCCCCAAGUAUGCCUCCCCUGCACCUAUAUACGAUGAGCCAUCUUUAGAGUCUCCAAUUUAUGAUGAGCCACCAGUAGAUAUGGACACUGAAAGCAUCGGUAUCAGUAGGAUUUCUCCACCAAGGUCACCAAGCAAUAGCUUAAAAAAGCAGCUGCAACCAACCAAAUUAUUACAGUAUCCAGGUAUGCAACAGCAGCAAGCUGCAAAGAAGCAUGCAAGAAAUCCUUCUUCAACUGAAUACAGUCCAGCUGGCAAAGAAUAUAUAAAACACAUGGUCAAUGUUGAUCAGUCUUGCAAACUCUCCCACUCUUCUACUGCAACAUCGGAUGCCUCUACUAAACUGCCUGGUCAGCUUACUUCAAAGGACAGCUUCAAGCAGUCUUGGAGGAUCUUGGAAGCCAACGUCCUCAAGAACAUGGAAGCCCUCCACAGUCGGCAGAGCAGCCUGCAAGCUCAAGAGUACCCAGCUGGUAUAAGCCAUCAGGAUUCUGGUUAUUCAACUGGUCCUUCUCCAAGUUUGAGAAAAAGGAAGGGAAGGAGGCAAGGGACAGGUCAAGGAAGACCUGGCUCUGUGGGCAGCAGUAGUGAGCUCACAGCUUUGAAUGAUAAGCUCAUCGCUGAGAUGCGUGCUGUGGUGGGCAGGUCAGCAGCUUGCAGGGGAAGCAAAGCCAGCCUUGAUGCUGAAAGUCUGGAGAGCAGCAUCACAGCAGAGAGCAACAAAGUCAGAUUUCAGUCUGACCACUUGAAAAAAUGCAUCAGCCAGAGCUCAAGGGACGACGUCUCAGCUAGCAAUAGGUCUCUGUAUAGACAGGGCCUGGACAGCAGGGGCAGCUUUCCCAAUGAAGUGGCUGCUCCACAGGACACAGUGAGGCAGAAGAGGACUUUUGAGAAAAUAGAUUCUCUAGAAAAAAAUGUGACCAGCCAGACAAGCUUGGCUUCAUCAGAUGCUACAUGCCACUCCUCCCAGCCCAGGACAAUAGAAUUGGACCCCAAGCAGGAGAGCAGUGGCCAGCCUGGUGGCUGUGUAGGAUAUAAUUUCCCUUACAAUACUCUACGGAAGCCCAUAUCUCAGAGCAGCAUGGCAGACUGGGCUUCUAAAAACCUGAACAUGCACACGCAGGGAAUCUUCCGCCGAAGGAUCUCUAUCUCCAACAUGCUGUCCUGGAAUGGUGGCUCUAUCAAAAAGCCAAUGCUUAUCACUAGCAACCACACCAUCAAAAAAGAGGCAUGUGAGAUGUUCAAACUGGUACAGAGCUACAUGGGAGAUCGUCAGACUCGCAUGGACCGCAAUCAUGUGGCAUUGGUCACAGUCACCAAGUGCUGGAGCAUGCAAGGUUUACGGGAUGAACUCUACAUACAAUUGAUCCGGCAGACAACAGAUAAUACAUGCUACCGAAGUCUGGCAUGGGGCUGGGAACUGAUGGCCAUAAGUUUGGCCUUUUUCUCCCCAUCACCCAAAUUUCAGUCUUACCUGGAAGGUUACAUUUAUCGCCACCUUGACAGUGAUGAAAACAUUGCCCAGCGCAUCAAGGAGCUUGUGGAUCUGAAAAACAAGAAGAACUCAAAAUCCAGGAAAAAGAGGAAACAAAACACCGAGGAUGAAGGCCUGCCCAUCAGCACCUAUGCUAAAUACUGCUACCGGAAGCUCCAGAAAGUAGCUGUCACCGGAGGCAAAAAGGGCCUCCGUAAACCAACAGUGGAAGAGAUAACACAUGCCAGGAAUGCCAUCGUGACUCCAUCACUCUUCGGCAGCUCCCUGGAGGAAAUCAUGCUACGGCAGCAGGACAUGUACCCGGGUAACAAGCUGCCCUGGGUGCAGACGCAGCUAUCACAGCAGGUCCUGGCUCUGGGAGGAGAACAGACGGAAGGGAUUUUCAGGAUACCUGGUGACAUAGAUGAAGUCAAUGCAUUGAAGUUGCAGGUGGAUCAGUGGAGAAUCCCAAGCAGCCUUGGUGAUCCAAACAUCCCAGCCUCUCUUCUCAAGCUUUGGUAUCGGGAGCUGGAGGAGCCUGUGAUCCCCCAGCAGUUCUACAAAGAGUGUAUCAGCAACUACGAGAACCCUGAUGCUGCUGUGGCUGUAGUGCAACUUUUGCCGGAGCUCAACAGGCUGGUGCUGUGUUACCUCAUACACUUCCUGCAGAUCUUUGCUCAGCCAUCAAAUGUGGGCAGAACGAAGAUGGAUGUGAAUAACCUGGCCAUGGUGAUGGCCCCCAAUUGCCUGCGCUGCCAGUCUGAUGACCCUCGCAUUAUCUUUGAGAACACACGCAAAGAAAUGUCUUUUCUUCGCAUGCUGAUAGUGCACUUGGACACAAGCUUCAUCAGAGGGCUGGUUUGAGCUGCUGGCCCUGGAGUCCAAAACACCGCUCUGGGGAGUUGCUGAGUGCCCAAAGUAUUCUCCCCUCCACUUAGGUUUCUUCCAUUGUCCUUGUUGUUUAUCAUACCCUGGGUUAGCCCCUGAGCAUCUCCCAGCAUAUGACCUGGAGGGCAAGGACUAGACACUCUUGGAAGGCUCAGGCUGCCUUCCAAGCAGCACCAGGUAGUCCUUGGACAUGCCAGGCCAGAUUUAGUGGUUCCUGGCCUUCCAGUGUGAGUCAGAGGGGGGCAGCCCUCCUCAGAGCCACAGAACUGGUUGCUCAUUGAAAGGGCUGUGAUGUCGAUGAGAAAUUGCUGCCUGAUGCAUUGACACUCUCCAUCUCCCUUCUGGAGGUAGAGUUGGCUUUGGGUCGGAGGACAUCACUCCUGCGUUGCAGCAUGAGCUAGUCAUGGGUGAGAUGCUGCCUAUUACUGGGCAUAAUCCUACUGCUCUGGAGCCAGCCUGGUUCACCUCUGCAGACUGUUGGUUAGAGGCAUGAGGAUUGUUCUGACACCCCAUGAUGCUGUUGGUAGAGGAGUGUGAAAGUGCAGGGGGUUCGCUGAGGCAGAGUCGUUCCUUGGACUGCCCUGGUCAGUGGGAGCAUAUUGCAGCUCAGGGAGUGGAGGUGUUUGAACCUCUGCUACUGGUGGCUGGAUAGGCAGACAUUCCACAGCUGGGAGCCCUGGCAGGCCAGAUCUACAUAGCAUCUACCUCGCUUUCUCCUUUAGGCAGCUUCAGAGACACACAGAUGGUUAGUGUGUGGGACCAGCCCUUUGCUGAGCUAAACCAGCACACACCUAUGCUGGAACCUGACAACAAUCAGAUAAACAAUCUCUUUGGCAUCCUCCUAAUGAGGGCCAUAUCCUCUGGAGGGGUAACCCUAGCGGUCUUGCAGCAUCCUUCUGCUCCAGGCAGUGUGAGCUGACACCAGCUUUCCUGAAUAGCAUCUCAGCUGCUCAGAGCAGCCUCCACAGCUCUGGCACCCCCCCUUGCUGGUACCACAUCCCUCUCAGACUGCGCUGCCAGGGAACUGAAUACCAAUUUUGACCACCUUCCUGGUUCAGCCCAGGUCUAAAGGUAGCUGGAAGGUCCCCCAGCAGGUAAGACUGUUGACCUGGAGUCAACUGUGGCACCUGUUCCCACCAAAUUCCCACCAGAGUUGCAGAGGGGUUGGGAAGGAAGGGAAGAGAAUGGCAAGAGGCAGGUCUGAGUGGCUGAGGUGUGAUGGAGCCUGCAUAGGGAUGGUGUGAGGUAGGCAGCUCAGCGUUUUCACUGCUGCUGGUAAAUCCCUGCGGCUUUCUGUGUGCCCCCAGAAGCAGGGCAUAGCAAGGAUAGUGUCUUUCAGAGGAAGCACCUGGAUUUCCCUGCAGCCUCUGGAUUCUAUUGCAUGUUCCUUAGCAAGCAGCAGAUUCUAAUUCUGUGGCAUCCUGGUGGUACUCUUCCUUUGAAGUGUCUUCCCUGCUGGAGGCAGGGCUGCUGCUGAAAGCUGCAUGUUGGGAUUACUCAUGUAAUGCUAAGUCUGCCAGUAGCAUCCAAGGUUGCAUUUGCAUUUCUGCAGCCCUUUCACUUUAAAGUGGGGACCUGAGAUCAUCCUUUCUUGAUUGCAGUGGGGACCCAAGCCUUCCUGGCAGUGACAUCUGAAUCUGUACCAAAAUUUUGGGCACAAGGCACCACAUGCAGAGAGUGCCCCAAGCCUGCUGGCUGCUUGGAUCUCUUAAUGUGCAUGAGUGGGGUUCCCAGGGCGCAUGUUUGCUUGGAUGAACUCCACAGUAGUUCAGUUUGUGCCCAGGUGAACAGGGGUCAUGGUUCCUCUCCUUGUACCAGAUGCUUCUGUGGUCCAGUGGCCCAUUAACUCUUGCUCCCAUGUCAGGAUUGGCUCUGUCAAACAUGCCUUCAAAAAUGUUUCACCCACCCAUCCCCUCUCAUCCCAUGCCAUCCCAGUGCUUCGAAGCCAUUCAUCUUGGUUUGGCCUUCUAAAGAACUGAACGAUUUGUACUUCAGGUGUGGAGCUACUUUCCCAGAAAUGUAGAUACAGAGCAUUACCAGCUCUGCCACAUUGUACUGAAGUUUGAAUUGUUGAACAGGCUUGGGAUGCUGUGUCCUUCCCUGCCGUGGGCUGGAGCAGCUGUGUGGUGUUUGCCCUCCUUUUUGGGCUGCAGAUGCAUGUGCCUCACCUGCAGCCAGCCACUGCGUAGGUGAUCUAGGUUAUUCCUUGCACUUAGCGGUAGCAGUCAAUCAAACCAUAGGCAUUUGCUGCCAUUGCAAAUGAAUGCUUCUUGCCAGGGCUGUAAAAUAGGCUAAUAAAUGACACUGGAUAUUAUUUUCUUUGCCAACAGAUUUGUAAAUACAAAUCAGUAAAGCAGCCUCUUCUCUGUUAUAAUAAUAAAUACAAUCUGCAUGGUUGUC